AUGAUGUAUCAGUAUUUUAAAUACAUUCUAUGGGGCUACAAGGGAUAUACUAGACAAAAAUUGGCCACUUUAUAUGCCUUCCUAGUUGUCUCUAAUCCUGAAAUGACGUUCGCCAGUGCUAUUCAUGACCCACUCGCGAUCAAUCUGCACCGACAGACGAGCCGUUUACUUACCUCCAUCCCUGAACAUGAUCACCAUCACGCUUCCCUGCAUAAUGCAUCUUCAACACGACAACUUUUAGCCGCUCUUUCCUCGACCUUGGCCGCUCCCGCCUAUACACAACUAGUGGCGACACUUUUUCGACCACUCCUGAUAGAUCUAUGUGCCAGAUGGCUGGAAAUGGAGGGAGAUGAAGAGAGACAUCUAGUCGCCCUGUGCUACCUUGUAGAAGUUCACGAAGAACUCUUCCCUAUUCUCAACCUGCUGCUGAAACGCAAUGAAGACGGACCCCUGUGGUUUAUUAUACAACAACACUCUCCUCUCUCCAUCGAGAAAACUCGCCUUCAACGAAUUCUCCUCGCUUACUAUCGAAUACUCUCAGCCAACCGUCAACUUCCUGAUCAUCUUCAAUGGUCCCUGGCACCAUUAUCAAAACUGAUCUGGACGCCACAACUUGACAAUGGCGUUCGUUUGCUCGCCAUUCAAUGUUAUGCUUUGCAGAGUGGGAUGGGAGAGGUAGAGCGCAACAAAAUGGAACAAGAGGUCUUGGGCGAGUCUUGUAGGGUGGAAUGCCAACUCAAUUAUGGACAAGACAGAGAAGGGACAGAGAAAAUGGUGGAUGGUUGGGUCCUACCGGUCGUAGAACUGAGACGCAUCCAGGAACAACGCAACGAAAUCGCCACAAACCCAAUCGAUUACUUCUCGGAAGAAACACAACAGACUUCCAGUCUUAGGCUUGAAGACCUAUGCCCAUUCAUUGCCAAUGUCCAUGGAGUGCUACUCCUUCGAUCAUCACCUAUAGCUCCCACCGACUUGACGCUCAUCCCGACACCUUCUUCUAUCAAGGCCCUCCGGCAGCUUGCAUUGCACCUAUCCUUACGUCUUCCUACUCUCCUCACAUCGUCACCAUCGGCCGGCAAAGCUCUACUCAUCUCACAUCUUGCUGGUGUUGUGCAUCCUGACCGAAGAAAUCAGAUUGUCACCAUCCACCUUGCAGACACGUCUCUCGAUCCACGGUCUCUCCUUGGAUCCUACGUAUCCUCUACCACUCACCCAGGGACAUUUGAAUGGAAAGAGGGUGUACUCGUCCGUUGCAUGCGUGAAGGAAAAUGGGUUGUGUUAGAGGAUGUGGAUCGAGGAAGCAGUGAAGUCCUCGGAGCCGUUAAGCCUCUCGUGGAGUCCCUCGGUCUCCAUAAAUGGAUUGGAGGUCGCGCAAGGCUUGAUGUACCGGGCCAUGGUUUUGUCGUUGCCCAUGAUCUAUUCAUGAUCUUUGCGACGAGGUCGCUCCUUCCAUCCGGGAGUGGGACCUUCCAUUCUCCCACUUUCUUCGGCUCGCAGAAAUUCUCAGAAAUGAUUGUAGAUUCCCCGUCUCCAGAGGAAUUGCGAACCAUUAUCGACGCCAAGUUUCGACGCCUCGCCGGAGGCACCGCGCAAGCCGCCAUUGACCUCUGGCGUUCUGUCAAGGAACUUGAAACCCCAUCCUCGACUCGGGACAUCGGUCUCCGAGACUUGGAGAAAUUUUGUCAACGUCUCGAAAGGCUGCUUUCUUCGUCACAUCAACCCAUGAGCAUCACACAAGAGCACGAACGGAGUUAUUCUCUUGGCGCCCUCUUCCCUAACCCUACGCUACGUGAGGACAUGUACCUUGAAGCUCGGGACGUGUUCUUUGGUUCUGGUGCGUUGACAGCAGCCACUCGAGCACAUUCCGAACUUGUUGCAAGAGUUAUUGGCGAACAGCUUUGCUUGGACAGUGACAGGCAGGAGUGGAUUCUACAUGGCAGAACCCCAGGAUUUGAGAUAGAAAAGGAUGCAAAAGAUCAAAUAGUCGCUGUUCAGUUCGGUAGAACGCGUCUGGCUGCCCAGAAAAGUCCACUUAUCCCGACAUCGUCGCGCCCAUUCGCCAUGCAUAAACCCGCAAUCUCGCUUCUGUCAAGGAUUGCGUCCUCUAUAUCGAAUGGAGAACCAAUUCUUCUCACAGGAGAAACCGGAACUGGCAAGACAAGUGUCUUAACUUACCUCGCAUCCCUUCUAGGUCGUCCUUUAAUUUCGCUCAACCUUUCGAACCAGACCGAAUCUGCAGAUCUCUUGGGGGGUCUCAAGCCGGUUGACGCUCGUGUUUCUGGCUCACAACUUCAGGAGAUAUUUCUCGAUCUGUUCGGGGCAACUUUUAGUAGAAGGAAGAACGAGAAAUUUGAGACCGAAGUUAGGAAAGCCGUGAACGAAUGCAGAUGGAAGCGAUCUGUUGGUCUCUGGAAAGAGAGCAUCAGGCUAGCCGUGGAGAGAAUACAGUUUAGACAAACUGAGCACCAACGGGCGCUAGAUGACGAAACACCGAGGAAGCGCCGGAAGACAGAACCGACGGCAUCUGUUGCUGAAUGGUUGAAAUUUCUUCAUCUGGUCGAAGAAUUUGAGGUCCAACAUGUUCAAGGACAAGGCAAAUUUGCCUUUGCGUUCGUUGAAGGACCUUUGGUGAAGGCGCUGCGCUCUGGUGAUUGGAUUCUUCUCGAUGAGGUGAAUUUGGCUAGCCCAGAAACGUUGGAGUGCAUCACUGGUCUCUUGCACGGGCCCACAGCGUCAAUCACUUUGACCGAACAUGGUUCCCUGGAACCUAUACCUCGCCACCCUGAUUUCCGCCUGUUUGCCUGCAUGAACCCGGCAACCGACGUAGGAAAGAAGGAUUUACCCCCGGAUAUACGAUCCCGCUUCACUGAAAUGGAUGUUCCUUCUCCAGACGCAGAUCAAGAAACCUUACUCACGAUUAUCUCUCAAUACGUUGGCCAUGUCGCUGUCGGGGAUAAGAGGAUCAUUAUGGAUGUCGCAGAAUUCUACCGAGCCGUGAAGCAAGAGUCAGAAUCCAGACGGAUCGCAGACGGUGCCAACCAUCGGCCCCAUUUCAGCAUGCGCACUCUCACUCGUGCGCUAACGUUCGCCGCCGAUACAGCGAGUACAUUCAGUCUCCGUCGUUCCAUCUGGGAGGGCUGUCUCAUGGCAUUCACAAUGGUCUUGGAUGCUGAUAGCGCGAAAAUAGUGACCAAGGCAGCGAGGGAUCACCUCCUAUCUGGCGUCCGCAAUAUUUCCUCCCUGUUGGCGAGAGAACCUGCACCCCCAGCUGACAUCCUUUAUGCCAAGUUUGGUCCCUUCUAUCUAGAGAAAGGACCCUUCGAGGAGCACCCAACGGAGGAGUAUAUCAUAACGCCAUCUGUGGAACGCAAACUCAUUGACCUUGCUCGUAUCAUUUUGACUCGACGAUUCCCUGUUUUGAUUGAAGGUCCGACGUCUAGUGGAAAGACAAGCUCCAUAGAAUAUCUUGCAAAACGGACUGGACAUCGAUUCAUUCGCAUCAACAACCACGAGCACACCGACAUCCAGGAGUAUCUUGGAUCCUACGUUUCCGAUCCUUUUACAGGCAAGCUUGUCUUCAAGGAUGGAUUAUUAGUGCAAGCCCUCCGUCGAGGAGAUUGGAUUGUCCUCGACGAGUUGAAUCUGGCACCUACAGAGGUUCUCGAGGCGUUGAACCGUCUCCUCGACGACAAUCGCGAACUGGUGAUUCCGGAGACACAAGAAAUUGUCCGCCCUCAUCCUCAUUUUAUGCUUUUCGCCACCCAAAACCCUCCUGGCCUGUACGCUGGUAGAAAAAUACUGUCCCGAGCAUUCCGCAACAGAUUCCUUGAAGUCCAUUUCGAUGACGUUCCUCAGAGCGAACUGGAGACAAUCCUGUGCCAAAGAUGCCGAAUUGCCCCUUCAUACGGAAGACGAAUCGUUAGCGUUUUUCGAGAACUUCAACAAAGGAGACAGACUAGCCGUAUCUUCGAGAGUAGACAGGGAUUCGCCACUCUCCGCGAUCUUUUUCGAUGGGCAGGUCGCGAUGCCGUUGGGUAUCAGGAAUUGGCAGAUAACGGUUACAUGCUCCUUGCGGAGCGCACACGGCGUCCGGAAGACAAGGCCGUCGUCAAAGAAGUUCUUGAAUCCGUUAUGGGGGUCCGGGUCGACGAAGAUGCAAUGUAUGACUUUCGAAGACAUGGUCCCAAUCUUGAAUCCUUCCUUGGAAACAUGCCGCCCCCUGCCUCAAAGACAGUAUGGACCAAAGCAAUGCAACGUCUCUACACUUUGGUUUGUCGGGGCCUGAAGUAUAACGAACCUAUUCUUUUGGUUGGGGACACAGGCUCUGGCAAGACCUCUGUUUGUCAAGCCUUCACCGAUGCCACUUCUCAGCGUCUUAUUACCGUCAACUGUCAUCAGAAUACAGAAACUGCUGAUCUUAUCGGAGGACUUCGACCCGUUAGGAAUCGCGGCGUAUUACAGGCAAGUCUUAUCGAAGAAGCUGUUUCCAUCCUUCAGGAGUUUGGCGAAGAGGUCUCUGCCCCGACAAGCAACUCCCUGACCGCCGCCUUGGCCUCUGUUCUCAGAUCCUCCACCCUUAGUCAGGCAUCUCGCCUUCGUCUCCAGAAGUGUCAUCACGAUCUCGUUCACUCCAACUCCAUCUUUGAAUGGCGUGACGGCCCUUUGAUCGAGGCGAUGCAGGAAGGGAACAUCUUCCUACUGGACGAAAUUUCCCUUGCCGAUGAUUCCGUCCUGGAACGCCUUAACAGUGUCCUUGAACCUGGCCGCUUAAUUGUUCUCGCUGAGCGUGGUGGGGCCAGUACUGACGAAUCUUUUAUCAGAGCUUCCAAAGAUUUUAAACUCCUCGCAACCAUGAAUCCUGGAGGCGAUUAUGGGAAGAAAGAGUUGUCACCAGCACUUCGGAACCGCUUCACUGAGAUAUGGGUGCCGCCUGUGGAUGAUUUCCAUGAUGUCGAGCUCAUUGUAAACAGGUUAUGGGGGUGCCAAUCCCUGCAAGCGUUCACCGGACCUCUUUUGAGCUUUGUUCAAUGGCUUUGUCUCCGAACUGGUGAUCGCUCAUUGAUGGGCCUUCGAGAUAUCCUGGCAUGGGUAGGUUUUAUGAAUGCGACAAUGCGAGAUGUCGGUAGAUCCGGUGUUGUCUAUCCUCGAGAAUUAUUUCAUCAUGCAGCUCACAUGACCUAUCUUGAUGGCUUGAGUUCAUUCCCUCAACUUGCAGGAUAUUCCCGGGAAGCUCUCAACAGCCUCAAAGACGAUGCUGAAAAGAAGCUCGAAGAGCUUAUUCCACUCAUCGAGCCUUUAGGAUCCUCUGGUCCAACUUAUGAUCCUACACAAUAUGUGCAGCUUGGUUCCUUUGCAUUAGAUAAAGGCAGUCUUUCCCCCUCACGUGCAUCGUUCAACUUCAACGCUCCAACCACCUUGAACAAUGCCAUGCGCGUUGUUCGCGCCUGUCAAGUGGCAAAACCGAUUCUUCUGGAAGGCAGUCCAGGUGUCGGAAAAACGAGCCUCAUAACCGCCCUCGCUAAUAUUUCUGGGCAUGAGCUGUGCCGGAUAAACCUUUCAGACCAGACCGACCUUGUUGACCUCUUCGGAUCCGACCUACCUGUUGAAGGAGGGACUGCAGGAGAAUUCAUGUGGAAAGACGCAGAAUUCCUCAGGGCUCUUCAAGAAGGACAUUGGGUCCUGCUGGAUGAAAUGAAUCUUGCACCGCAAGCUGUCCUUGAGGGGUUGAACGCUGUUCUCGAUCAUCGAGGAACCGUCUACAUUCCCGAGCUCAACCGUUCUUUCGAUCGUCACCCUUCUUUCCGGGUCUUCGCUGCACAAAACCCCCUUCUCCAGGGGGGCGGUAGAAAAGGCCUUCCGAAGUCGUUCGUCAAUCGGUUUACAAAAGUCUACAUCGAGGAACUAACCCCGAGUGACAUCCACAUCGUUUGCUCGCAAAUUUUCUCCGGCGUCGACGAAAACGUUCUUCGGGCUAUGAUAGCAUUCAAUAUCGAACUCAGCAAUCAAAUUUGUGCUCAGCGUCUUUUUGCACAGGAUGGUUCUCCGUGGGAGUUCAAUCUUCGGGAUGUAUUGCGUUGGGGCGCUUUGACUUUCACGAAGCGCCCUCCAUAUCGACCCCAAGACUUUCUCCGUAGUGUUUAUCUUCAUCGGUUCCGAAUUAGUCAAGAUCGUAGUCAGGCAAGACAAAUUUUCGACGCAGCGACCCUCACAUCUCCUCUUGAAGAGGCCGAUGCCCCAGCUUGGACAAUCACAGCCUCUGAGAUUCAUAUAGGGCAUCUCUCAAUGACCAGAAGAAAUUUCUCACCACUUUCUCGUCCGCGUCGGGUGCUCAAAAUGCAGCUCUCAGCCCUGCAAGCAUUGGGAGAUUGUGUUUCACAAUCCUGGCUUGCAAUCGUCACAGGGCCCAACAACAGCGGUAAAAGCAGUGUUAUACAUGCAUUGGCUAGCAUCACUGGCAACCAGCUACUUGAGGUAUCGAUUCACGGCGCGACUGACACGAUGGACAUUCUCGGCAGUUUUGAGCAGGUCGAUGCAAGGCGGAGGCUGAUAGUGUUGUUCGACGAGGCGAUCUCCUUGUUGCACAGUGAUUGUUCAACAAAAUCGGGGUCGAAAUUUGCAAUUCAUCACCAGAACAAGGCCCGAAGACUUCGAGAACAGUAUGCACAGGCAUCUGCAGGUCACUUCCCUAAUUUGGGAGCUACGGCAAUCGAUUUCUUCUUCACCUUGACCACCCUAGAAUCACCCUCCAAGCUUGUUUAUACUAGAAUCCAUUCUGACGCCGUCAAAUUCCUGUCCCAAGCUUCUGGAGCAGGCCAAUUCGAGUGGGUGGAUGGGCCUUUGAUCAAAGCCAUGAAAUCAGGGAAUUGGAUGGUGCUGGAUGGUGCUAACCUCUGCAGUCCAUCUGUUCUGGACCGCCUUAACUCUCUGUGCGAAGCAGGUGGAACAUUAAGCCUGAGCGAAAGGGGCUUUGUAGACGGCCACGUUCAGGUUAUCCGCCCUCAUCCAGACUUCAGGUUGUUCAUGACAGUUGAUCCUCGCUACGGAGAACUCUCUCGUGCAAUGCGCAACCGAGGUAUUGAAGUCGCUCUUAUUUCCAAUCCAGCUGCGGACGAUCUGUCCAUCCUUCUCGAUUACAGUAGGCUACCACUGGCUUCAUCCCUCUCGAUUUCUAACAUGACUGCCCUCCAAUUUGAUGCUGCUCGACGUGGGCUAUCUAGCCAGGUUAUUUCAUCGACGCUGUUUGUAAGGUCGACAGGCCAUUCCCUUGACCAGCACUCCAAUUUGGCCGCUUUGGUUGAUACGGCCCCCAGCCUCUUACUUCCGUCAUUACCGACCCAAGACAUUCACUCCUGGAUUUUUUUCCUCGCUCGCAGUCUUGCGCCUUCGAGCAUGCCUCUUCUCACACGUUACCUCUUGAACCGUUACCCCAAGGAGUCAGUUUCACAUAAGCUGCUUCAAUUCAUAUACGCUUUCCCACCUCACAUUCUCGACUCGGCGCUGCAGGAGUUGAGAUGGGCAUUUGUGCAAGAAAAGCAUAUCUCCGUGGAUUCUCUUCUCGCUCAGCCAAUGGACUUUUACUCUGCGCAAGGGAGGCUAUUUGGCGGAGAAUCUCAACAACUCAGAGAUGGCGAUAUCUCGCAUUCGAUGGUGGUUGAAGUGUUGAACCUCAGUGCAUCUAUCUUCCUCGACCAGACUGAAAGAUUCGCUCUGGUCCCUGACCAUGUUGCUUCCGCACCUGAAAGUAGCCUUCGGAUUCGUCAGGCAGCUAUCGCUGUUAUUCAAGAAAUUGGCCAGGUCUCUCAGGACACUUUACGACAGGCGCCAAUGUGUGAUCUGCCCUCUGUGAAACUAGCUUCGCGCAUUCUUUCCUUCACCGAAGACCUCAAACGAGUGCUGAAAUCUUCCGAGCAUGAUUUUUCCACUAUCUACUCCAUCUCUGAGCGUCUUCUGGCUGCUCUUGCCGAUUGUCCAGCAUCCUUCAACGACAUUCUGGAGUACGCUAGGGUGCUCCGCAGAUCAGUUUCUCUCUCUACGGGCCUCAGGAUAUUUGAAAUUUGGUCCAAAUUAUAUCUGGAUGAAUUACCGAAACCUAUGAUCGAGACUGUGAAGAGUACCGAGCGACUGAUGUCCUCUCUCGGUGAUUCCUCCAAUGCAUUCCUGAUUCGCAAACAAGCAUUCACCGUGAUCUGUUUGGAGACCUUACCUCCGCCCCUUGAAUCUCAUAGGCCCGUUUCUCUGGGUGAUUUGCAGCUGACGCUGCAGAAGUGUUUACUCUCAAGCGCUGACAAGUCAACGGCACAAGAAUCCUUGCGUAUCGAUUGGCGAACCAUACUCCUUGAGUUCUACGUACUUUCGGCCUGCCGGGCUUCGUCUAUCCAGAGCGCGACAAUGCAGGAGAUCGUCGAUAUGAAUGCUCGCCAACGUACAAGUCCUCUGGCCCGCCUUGCGCACCUCCAGCAUCUUGUUUGGGCUCUGGAUGCUAACCUAGACCAUCCUUCUCUCUUCGUGAGAGCCAACAUUCGAUGGUUAGAAGGUCUUUGGGAAGUAAAAAUGAACUCUUCUAGCCCUGCUGGUCCCUCAAUCCUUUUCCAGCCCGUCCUGCUCCGCCAUAGCGUUGCAAUAUGUGAUAUUACCAACGUGCCGCUGCUAUCGUUGACGAAUCAUCAACAGGAGCUUCAUCAACACGCCCGUCUGGUGCUCAAUGAAUCGAAACAGGCCUCAAGUCGUAUGGCGCAGCUAGCGGAGGUCUACUAUCAAACCCUUCUCACGAUCAUAUCAUGCUUUUCCUCGUCGUAUGAGAGUGAGGACUUCAGUGCAAUCCAGACAUCCACGGCUCAAGACUGGAGCAAUUUUCCUCGGUCCUUUCAGCAUGUUCUUUUGCUCCUACAACGUUCGAAGGACGAGGCCCUUAUAGCAGCCCUUCAGAAAGAACUCCUGCCUCUCGUAGAUCUCCUUCCUAAAACGACAACUUUGCAAUUCUUGGGGCUCGCUUGGAUUGGUUGUAGCCGCCUCCUUUUCAAUCUUAUCAUUCCCGACACCCCAAUCGAUCCUGCAGGUAUCCAAAAUUGUGCAUACUCUCACCUUCUGCGGGAUCAGAGGCACCUUCGCACACAGAUAGAUCUACACCAAAAACUCGAGUUUCUGGUCACUGGAAAUGCAUCCAACAGUACGUUGGCGCAUCUCAAGUUCCAACUGGACGAAGUCCAGGGGGCUCUAGCGCAGCUGCCAAACCUCCCACGUCGCGAUCACGACCUACGUUUACACCUCUUCUGGACAGAAGUUGCACAAUUCCAGGAAACCGUCCUUCAUACCGUGAAAAUCAAUGGUCUUCUUGAUGCGGUGUAUUACAAGAAAGAGAACGCGUCGCUGCGUGAACGGGUGAUACAAGAAUCCUUGGAAGGCUUUUAUCAGCGUUUGGAAAGCGUCUACCCGGAGUUUCCUGACCUUAUCGUACUUCUCAAGUUCGGAAUCCUCCAGAUGCGGCUCGGACUUCGAACACUCGUGGACGCUACAUCAGCUCCUGAAGGAGACCUUCCCGCACGUUCGACCAUGUCUUUGCUAGCAUUCCCUUCAGCAAACAGCUCCUCUCGUAUAAUCAACCUCUUCAAAGACGCCCCACCUUCUGGAAGUUCUGUCUUCAAAGGCAUUCUCAUUACGCUGGCUGCUUCAGUUGUGUUGAGACAAUUAGGCCUACAAGAACGUGACUUUCUAUCCUCCAUCCAUGCUACUUACGAACGAGCUGCCAAGCUUUGGCUCAUUGACCGUGCAAAAGAAAAGAAAACUACAGAAGAGGCCUCCAGUCUUUAUCGGCAAUCGAAAAUGGACUACAGUGCGAAGUCAGAUGCCGAAGUUGAGCAACAAGAAUUUUUGGCAAUGUUCCCAACGUUCGAAGAAGCUCUGAGCAACAAUACUCUUGCCUUCGAUGUGGAUCAGGCUCAUCCUUCUUCCUUCAUUCAACCCUCUGACAUGCCAGUUUUUUUGCGCCUUCACUACCACCUGGUGGAGUCUUCAUGUGAUCCAUCCUCUUUCAACAGCGUUGUCGAAGAAUUUUCAGACCUGAAGCAUAGCAUGAUUCACACGCUCAUGACGAGCUCGACAUCUCCCUUGCCGGCUUGUCUGGAUCGGACCAGUAUCCAUUUUCAAUUCAACCUACUUCGCGAUACUCUCUUCUCACUUGAUUGCGACGCUGCCACGAUAAUGCCUUACAAUUUCUAUUCGACACCAAACUACCGGGAGGUCAAGAAAUGUGCAUCCAUUGUCUUGUCGUGCCGGAAACGCCUUCAGAAUAUCUCGGACGAGUGGCCGGAUCAGAUGGUCCUGAAGCAUCUCAUCGAGAGGUGUGAUUCCAUCCUCAAUGUUGCCUCCUCGUCGCCUGUAGCCAAGCUCUUGUCUAUGAUUGAGCAACUUUUGGUCCAAUCAGAUGAUUGGGAAAUGUACGCCAACCGGGAAAAUUCGCUCAAGGCCCAUCGAGAAGACUUGAUUCGCUUGGUGGUGGAUUGGCGCCGUCUGGAACUUUCUAGUUGGCAAGGUCUCUUGGAGUCGCAGGCUGCGUCCCUGAGAGAUGAACUUGCUGAAUGGUGGUUUCGUCUCUAUGACGUAAUCGUACGAGUCCCGUCAUCUCUGGUCACCCAAGACCAAAAGCUAGACGAAGCAACUUUCCAAAGGCACUUCCAGGAGUUGGCCCCUCUGCUCAACGAGUUCAUCACGUCUAGCCCUCUUGGUCAGUUCCAUGCCAGAUUGAGGAUGAUCCGAAGUUUCGAACAUUACAUCGUGUUCAUUCAACCCCUUCAUUCUGUUGUUCAGAAUUCCAUUCUACAGCGUGUCGAGCGGAUCCUCCAUGCCACAUAUCAAUACUACCAAUUGUUUUCCGAAAGCCUUCAAAAGCACUUGCUCGAGCAGAAGUCUCCUCUCGACAUGGAAAUCAAAGCGCUGGUCAAGCUUGCCAGCUGGAAAGACGUCAACGUGGAAGCCUUGAAGCAAAGCGCAAAACAAACCCAUGUACGACUUUACAAAGUGGUCAAGAAGUUCCGCGACGUUUUGCGGCAACCUGUCAUUGACAAGCUGCAACCUUUUUCUGCCACAGAUGCAGACGGUGAACCCUUAUCCCUAGGCGAGAACGACGAUCCAGCUCUUUCCGUUACUUUUCCCGAUUCUCUUCAGGAUAAGGGGGGACAAUCAAAUGCCUCCCAGAACCACAUCUUUCAUAUCCGACGAACUUUCGGAGUAUAUGUUUCGUUGAUAAGCAAGCAACUGUGCCCGUUCAUCCGGAGGUGCUCUCCUCAACUCGUGGAUGACGUUGCCGUCGAAAUCAUUAGAACCGCUAGGUCCCUUGCCUCAAUUGUUAUCCCCCCUGGCCCUUUACAAGAAAAACAACUGAAGGCACUGCUAGUCAGAAAGAGAAAAGCAUGGUCUGAUCUCUUGAAGGAGCUAAAGCAUGCAGGGUUUUCGAAUAGUCUGAAACCCGAAGUUCUUCGGCAACAUACCGAUCAGCUUUGGAUCAAGGAGCAGCCCAUUAUGCCAAAGACACCGGCUGAUAUCUCUGUUGACAAUGGCGAACGGUAUUUCACAAAACUCUGUGGCUCUUUGACCAUCUUGCGAUCCUCCCUUCCCAACCACCAUGGUGACUUGACAACACGCGAGCUGCAAAGAGGGCAAAUGUUCCUUGAAUCCGGGUUCUCUAUGGCAUUAGACCUUCGGAAUAGGCUGACUAUGUCGCUAACCGUCUUCGGACAAAUUUCGACGACUCUCGGUCGAUUGAAACAACUUUCCUCCUCGAGUGAAAAUCUCGUGCCUACAGGGCCCAACCUUCAUGAGCACAUCUCCUCACUUUUGAUGGCGCACGUCAAAAUAUCGCAUGGUCUCUCCGAGCUGCUGAAGAAUGUGCCUGUCGUCGACUACUUCGCAGUGGGGUCGUCAAUUCCUGAUUCAUUGCUCGGCGAACUUUCCGACACUCUCCGCAUGACUGUUAGUCUCGAGAACGAACUGAGGUCUAUCGUCUCCGACAUCAGUCCGAAUAUGCCUCCUAUUCUCCAGAAGUGGGAAAAUAAGCUUUUACUCCGGGCCACGGAACAUAUCUCCCAAGUCAACGCCCGCAUCAUAGCUUGGAGAGCCUGUGAGCCGCGGCUCGGCUAUUUGUUCCUCCCCCUCCAGGAAUGGCUUAACGAACGAACACCAGCUCCCUUGUUCCCGUCUGAGAGUACCACGAUUUCAGAUGACUCGAAGUUCAGCUCACUGCUCAAUUCGCUCUUGUUGUCCAUUCAGGCAUUUGUUCAUCGCUGCUCCAGGGAAGCCGAUGGUUUGCAGGAAGACCACCCAGAAAAAUAUGCCCUCAAAGGUUAUCACAGCAUUCGUGAUUUUACACACUUCUUGAGUUUGGCGGGGGUCAACGCCCGUCUGAACGACUUCCUAGCUAGCCUUACGUCUCGUGAUGACAUCAGCGGAGAACUAUCCAGAGUCAUUCCCUUCCUCAAUCUCUAUCUCGCACUUGCCAAGGAUCAGCUUGUUUCACACAGUCGUUGGACCAAGGCUCUAUUCAAGCUGAACUUUAUCCUCUGCUCCAUUCUCCAUACACUCUGCGAACAAGGGUUCUGUAAACCUCCAAACAAGAAUGAUGCUGGAGCCGAGUUGCCAGAAACUUCUGACGGAGUUGGUAUUGGAGAGGGAUCCGGAACGGAGAAUGCCUCCAAGGAUAUCCAAGAUGAAAGUCAGAUUGAAGGUCUCAAAGGAGAUAAUGACGAAGACCAGGGGGCUCAAGACAGACAUGAGGAUGGAGGUGCCAUCGAAAUGGAUAAUGACUUCAGUGGGGAUCUGGAAGACUUGCCAGACGACUGUUCUGACAAUGCCGACCAAUCUGACGCUGGCAGUGAAGCUGACCUCAACGAAAUCCUGGACGAGCUUGACAGACUGGACCCCUCAACAAUCGAUGAAAAGAUGUGGGGAGAUGAAAAGGGUUCAGGGGAUUCGAAUGAUACAGAGGAAAAGGCUGACCAAGAUCACUCAAAGGAACAGGGAGGUGCUUCUGAAGUCGUUGCCAAGGAAAGCGAGCAUCAAAGCAAAACAACAGAGAAGACGAGAGACGAUAGAACUAGUCGCGAGGACAUGGAACUGGACAAAGAGGAGAAGUUUAGUGAGGGUGAAGAAGAGGAGAGCAGUGAACCAAAUACCGGGGGCGGUGCAACGGAUGAACACGUUCCUGAAGCCAACACGCUUGAUCUUCCUGAUGACAUUGAUCUAGUUGGGGACGAAGCAGAAAGAGACGAGGCCGGGAAGAUGGAAGAGGAGGAAACUGCGGUUGAUCCUCAGAUCGAUGACUUUGCGAUGCACGAUCCUAGUCGUGAGCCCCUCCAGGACGAGGACGAAGGCGAAUUGCUGCACAGCGAGGAGGGUUCUGCUGAAAAUGACGCAGAAAAGGCAUACGAUACGAACGAUGAAGGUGUUUCUGAAGACGCUAUAGCCCAACCGGACAUGUCCAAAGCAGAUGGGACGACGGACCAGAACGAAGUUCCUAGUACUGAAGUCGAUGGAAGCGCAUCAACUGGAGAAGCUGGCGUAGCAAAGGGCCGAUCCGGUGAAGCAUGUGCAAGCGACGAAAAGACAUUGGACGGGAACAGUUCUCCUGAAGGACAGGCAACCGAAAUGGAGCCAACAGAUCACAGCGGCACUGGUUCAGCGAUGUCUGGUCUUCGACAGGGUCAAGAUCCUUCCCAAAGCGAAAGUCAAUGUACCACAGUGCCAAAUCCCCUUCGAAGCCUCAGCGAUAUGCUGAAGGAGAUUCGACAACGUUUCGAUGAGAUUCUCAGUGGUGACCAAGAUGACACUCCUCAUGAAUAUGUGGGUGAUUCGAACUACCAGUCUCAAAUUGAGUAUCUGCGCCCUCAAGACGCAGAUCAUAAUAUGCAGGCCUUGGGUCCAGCAGGGGAAGAACAAGUGGCCAAACUUGAUCAAAUCACCAUCGUCGACGAAGAAAUGAAAGUAGAAAAUGCAUUCGCGCCAAUGGAUGUUGACGAAACCCCUACGGAAGAUCAUGUUCCCCUUCCUCAGCAAGCGGCUCAACCAUCUGAAGUACCCAGAGCAGACCGACACGAUGAUGCGGAAGGCGCCAUUCUCCAAGUCGGCCGGCGUCAAACUUCUGACCUUCAAACUCCUCAUCCGUUAGUCCGAGCCGGAACAGCCGAGGUCAUCGAUGAUGAUCAGAACACCGAAAUGGAGCUCACAGCUUGGCGUGCUGCAGACUAUCCCGAGAGCGGAGCGGAGCAUAUUUGGCGACUCUAUGAAUCUUUGACUCACGACCUAGCCUACACUCUAUGUGAACAGCUCCGUUUGAUUCUGGAACCGACCUUGGCCACUCGCUUGAAAGGGGAUUAUCGCACCGGGAAGCGGCUGAACAUGAAGAGAGUCAUUUCUUAUAUUGCCAGCGACUACACAAAAGACAAGAUCUGGUUGCGUCGCACGAAACCCAGCACGCGAGAAUACCAAGUCCUCAUUUCUAUUGAUGACUCUCGUUCCAUGGCGGAAUCCCAUUCUAUCCAUUUGGCCUAUCAAGCACUGGCCUUAAUCUCAAAAGCUCUUAGCCGGCUCGAAUCCGGUGAUGUUGCUAUUUCCAAGUUCGGAGAGACUGUCGACCUACUUCAUGGGUUUGAUCAAGGUCCAUUCACUGAACAGGCGGGGACCAAGGUCUUGAAUGCUUUUCGAUUCACUCAGAAGGCCACCAACGUGUCGUCUCUUUUGCAAACAAGCCUCAAGGCCUUGGAGAAAGCCAGAGAACGCAAGGCGAUGUGUUCUGCGUCGUCUGCUGAUCUGUGGCAAUUACAAAUCAUCAUCUCCGAUGGAAUGUGUCAGGACCACGAAGGGCUUCGUCCUGUUUUGAGGAAAGCGGAGGAACAGCGGGUGAUGAUCGUCUUCGUUAUUAUCGACUCUCUUCAAGCGACAGAUCCGACCAACUCGGGAGGGCCGCACCAUGGAUCGAUCCUUCAGAUGGAAAAGGCCGAACUAAGGACAGAGAAUGGGAAGACAGAAAUAUGCAUGCAGAAAUAUCUCGAGUCCUUUCCUUUCGAGUACUACGUCGUCUUGCGAAACGUUGAAGCCUUGCCGGAUGUUUUGGCAGGAACAUUAAAGCAGUUUUUUGAGAGGAUUUCAGAGGAGUGA